UUAGAAAUGAUACCUUGAGUAAUCAAUUGUGGUCGUGAGAUUUUGCACUCAUCAGACCCCUUCCUCAACGGCCCAGAUUCAAGGAGCUCAGCUACCUUAUGCCGUUCCCCGCGCUUGCCCCUCCAUUUCAUUCACACUGGCCCCCUCCUUCACUGGAUUAAAGCUUCCAAAUUUCGUCUGGGUCAGUACACCACAUUGGCCUUCGGUAGGUCAAUUCCUUCGUUCAGACCAAGAACAAGUAAACAACCGCUCAAGAGCUCUUCCAUACAACAAACAUGACCAUGAUCCCGCCAGAGACACCAAACGAGCACCUCCACCGCUGCUGGCGCGAGCAAUACUGCUCCUCCUGUCUUACCCAACCAAGUUGCUCCUGGUGCCCUUUCACCCAAGCCUGCGUCCCCAACGCGCACCCCAUCUCGUUACUCGCACCCGCCUACGACCAGCAGAUCUGUCCGCAUUGGUCUGAGCGAUGGGAGAUCAGGACACAGCCGUUUGGGUGUCAGGUGUCGAGCAUUACGAGCCUGAGUGUGUUGGUGGCGGUAGCGGCGACGUUGGUUGUUGUGGGGUUGGUUUGGACAGUUGCUGUGAUCUGGCGGCGAGCAAAGAGUCGAUUGUGGGCUGAGAGUUGGACCUCUCGAUGGAGGGCUUGGAAGAGCAAGUGGGAUGAUGGAGUCGGUGUGAAAUGGGUGUUGUGGAGGGGUGAGGGCGGGGAUGGAGGUGGUGAGAGGGUUGAGAGAGUUGGAGAGGAGGAGCCAUUGUUGGGGUCAGUUUCGUAACAUUGAAUUAGGUACAGUAGUUUAGGUGGUCAUCACAGGUACGGGCUAGUAAGGCGUCUGGUCAUGUUGUGGUAUUGUUAUUACAUAGUAUGGGGCGUGGUGUCACCCGGAGCUGACUGGAGGAAUGAUGGCAACCUCGUCGCCUUCUUGUAUCACAAUUUCAUCCUUGUCCUC